GAGGGGACCGCUCCGUCAGUAUGCGCGCAGCCGCGACAGCGCCCACGUCGCGUAGUGAGUCCGGACCCUAACAAUUCGAACAGGACUAUUCCAAUUUCAAACUCGACAGUCCGCAAGGAGUUUACGGCCUAAAAACAACGAACCUCUUUGCGUCUAAAACGAGAAAAAAGUGAUGCGAUUUUUUGGCUGCGUUCCAAAAUUUUGAUUGAUUGCAGUUCGUGACAAGUGAUUGAUAUUUAGCGGGUAAUUAGCGGGUUUUCAGUGCAAUUUCUUAGUUGAUGAAGUAAAAUUGAAGUUUUUAAUGCUGUGCUGCGGUUUUUAGUUGUUGUGGACUUGGAUUUUUUGGUUUUACGAAUCCUUACCAGCCAGGAUCCAAGAUGUGCUGCUCAAAGCGUAGUGCGACCUCCUUGCUCUGACCUCGUUGUCAAUCAAAAUGUCAAAUCAUACGAGGAAAAGGACCACCCGGUGAUAUUGUUCACCGUCCUACCGAGAGAUGGCGCUGUUAACCAAUUCAGCCUCAGCUACCGGCCCCACAGCUACAGACUUUCUGUCCCCAGGGCCGGCAGCGCCUCAGGCCCACCACUCGACCACGCCGCUACAUCACUACUUCCACUACCUCAAGCAGCCUUCCCCCCUGUCCCAGAACCCCUACGCCCACCACGGCUCCCACCACAUGGGCAUGGGAGCGCCUCUAGGGGGCCUCGGACCGUUUGGACUCACGCAUCACGGGCUUGAAGCCGUUGGCUUCCCUCAGGGUGUGAACCCCCGCAAGCAACGUCGCGAGAGAACGACGUUCACUCGCGCUCAACUCGACGUGCUAGAAGCCCUGUUCGGCAAGACCCGCUACCCCGACAUCUUCAUGAGAGAGGAGGUGGCCCUGAAGAUUAAUUUACCGGAGAGCCGCGUGCAGGUCUGGUUCAAGAACCGAAGAGCGAAAUGCCGGCAGCAGCUGCAGCAGCAGUCCAACACGCAGAUCUCCAGCAAAUCCUCGUCCAACACCAAAUCUGGCUCAUCCGUGUCCUCCUCCAACCUCAAGUCCUCAAACUCCUCCUCAUCCAAGAUAAACUCCUCAAAAUCUUCAUCCAGCAACGCGACAACCCAAAACACACCCAGUAUCACCACCACAUCGCCUAAUUUACCCAUAACACCCACCACUUCGGUCAGUCCUCCGAUAAACGUCAUAUGCAAGAAGGAGACAGCGCAAUCCAACUACGACUCCUCGCCGUUGAACAAAAACCUGACCUCUUUGCACCACAAUUCUUACUCCAGCGAAGCGCUGAGAUUGAGCAACAAAGACAGUUCACCUUCAGACUCCGUUUCCAACGUUCAUUCCUACGGAGUCACCCCAAAGCAGGAGCACUAUAGCAGUCCAAAAAGGCUGGAUUACUCCUCGAAGAUCGACUAUUCGGAGAAGAGUUUCGGAAGCAGUUUAGUCAAGGACCAAUACAGCUCGCGUUUGACUGGGAACCUAACCCCUCUGGGGUCCAACUCCAGUAUUAUGACGACUCCAUCCCCUCCCAUCACCCCCCAGAGCCUGAAUGGUCCGGGGAAUGUUUACCACCCGGAUAGCUACAACAGCUUCCAUUGGCCCGGCAGCUCGGACUAUAUCAGGAGUUAUUCGACGUCCCACCAUCAUCAGGGGUACGGGCAGAGCGCGUAUAAUUCGCCGUAUUAUCCCAGUCAGAUGGAAUACUUCAACGGCUCAUCAGUGAACCAGUCGCACGGCGGCCACGGCCACAACCUCACAUCCAACGGCAACCAGCUCUACAACCAGGUGUCCUUCGGGAACCCCUCCCCGCCCGCCGCAUGGCCCUCCCACCACAACAUCCUAUCAACUGGCUCGGAAUCGCCGGAGAACCAAUCACAGAACUCGCCACAUCUCAGCAUGCUGCAAGCGUCACAGAUUACAAACUUCUCCAACACCGGAAAUAGCUAUUUCGCGCCGGAGAAAUACGGAAUCAAUAUGGUGUAGUGCUCUAGUCUAUGGUUCUUUGUCUGUGGUCGUUUGCGCGGGAAGGGUGCCUAACCUUAAAACUAAAAAUGGCCGCUCGUUUUUCUUGCUAUUAACAAAAAAAAUUGCUCGAUAAGUGAAAAGAACAUUUCAUUUGAAAUUGGUUACGUUUUAGUUUAAGAUGAGCAGCGUUUUUAGAUUUUCUUCUUCCUAAAGUGAUCGAUGCACAGGCGUAGGUUAUUUGUUGUAUAUAGGGUGUUAUGGAGUGGGUGUGUAUAAGGUAAUAGUUGUUUUAAAAAUAUUUCAUUAUAGUGAUAUUGUAUAAAAAAAAACAUUUUUUUACCAAUCAUUGUUGUAGAUGGUUUUCAACAGUUUCAUUCUGAUUUUGGAAGCUUUAUUUAUCUACACUGAUUUUGUUUCACUAACCACCAAAAAUGCUUGGAACUGCUGAAAAAUAUCUUCACUUUGAUUCAGGGACAUAUCAGUUAAUUAUAUCAAUCUAAAGUAAAACUUAUAUGAACUUUAAAAACAUAAAACAUAUUUUCAGGCAGGUGUUAAAAACAUAAUAGACCGUAGACAGAUUUAAGUCAGUAUUUUUCUUCAAUUCCAACUACAACAUAUUUUUAAAACUAGCAUAUUUUCUUUCUAAUAAUUUUGGUGAAACUUAUUGAACUCUCGAACUCAUUCAGCAAAAGUGUUGGGAAGAAAAUUGGCUAUAACGCUGACAGACAACAUUUUUAAAAAUAUAUAUUAAUUCCUACGUACUGAAUUUUCAUCUGUUGCUUGUGUUCUUGAUGUCUGCCUUAAAAUAUAGAACCGAUUUUUUAUUUUACAUAAAUUUCUUUGUAUUUACUUGUUAACAUAAAAUAUCACAUAUUUUACUCAAAACGAAGAUUUUUGGAGCAACGACAAAAUAAAAUUACUAUGGCCUGAAUCGUAGCAUCGAAUUUUGAUUUUGGUUUUAAAAAAACAUCCGCUUAUAACAUAAUUUAGUUUUUAGAACUUUUUCAUUAUUACCCUUCCUAUUGUAUAAACCUGAAGUCAUAUCAAGUAAUAUGUAUAUUAAGGCUAUGUUUUUAGAGUUGAGAAUUCGCUAAACUUAAUUUAGAGUUCUAUUGUACAUAAUUAAUUAGUAAGAGAUUAUUUUUAAAAAGAAUUUGUAAAUGUGUGUGUUUAUCUUUGUAAGUAUAAAUUGUGGGAUCGACGUUUUUAUUUUACGACAAAAAAUAUAGUAAGUAAAAAUUCCAGUGAACUUCAUAAACAUAAAAGAAACUGUGAUUGUACCUACCUACUUCUUAAUCCAACGUUGAUUUGUAAUAUAGUUAUUUAUUUAAUUAAUUUCUAGAUUAUUGGCCAAAUAAAACUGCCGUUAAGUGUUGAGUGUAGAAUAAUUUCUUUUUAAUUAACAAACCUGGAAUAAUUGUGCGAUCCUGUAGAUGAGAUUAAUAGUUCAUUUUAUAUUUUUAAACCUUUGAUUAUUAUUUUAUUAGUCCUAAUAAAAUUGUAAUGAAAUUUGUAAUUUAUAGUAAAUUUUAAGCUUGGACAUAAAGCUAAGUUAAAAUUAAGUUUAGUACAAUAAGUACUUGGAUGAAAGUCAGUGUAUUUUUUUUAGUUAAGUUGUAAUAUUAAUGACUAUUAUUAACUGAUAGCUAUUGAGAUAUUGAAUCCGAAUAUAUGCAUAUAAAUACAA